GGAAAAAUCAGAGUAACGUCUUCUUCAUUCAGUUACGAAAACCAUCAAUGGCGACGGAGUCGUCGUCCCCGAGCUCUGUUCGGAAAGUUGUUGUUCAUCUAAGAGCUACUGGAGGUGCUCCUAUACUCAAACAAUCUAAGUUCAAGAUUCCAGGGACUGAUAAAUUUGCCAAAGUGAUUGACUUUCUUAGAAGACAGCUUCAUUCUGAUUCGUUGUUUGUCUAUGUGAAUAGUGCUUUCUCGCCAAACCCUGAUGAAUCAGUCAUUGAUCUUUAUAAUAACUUUGGAUUUGAUGGUAAACUGGUGGUUAACUAUGCUUGUUCCAUGGCAUGGGGCUAAAACUGAAGACUACAGAAUUCUCAAAGCUGUGCUCGCGCUAGAUGCUUGCUUUGUUGGAAAGAUGACCUUUCAGAUGAAAGUUGCUGUACAUAACCAAGCAAUGGAAUUGAAAAUUUUACCCUAUAUACAUGUACAUAAAGACCAUAUCAAACGUCAAAAACAUUAGAUUUUAGUCUCGUCUUUGUAUUUUUCCGUCGGCUAAACAAAAGUCUCUUGUUCCAGUACUCAGAGAUUCCAAAGAAGCGUUAAACAUAUUUCAUCUGUGCCUUGCUCUUUGUUAUCUAUGCCAAUGCAAUGCUUAUGCUUAUUGUUUAUCACUUUGUAAAUUGAAAGAAUAUAAAUAAAUAGAACAAACGUUUAUUCUUUCUAUUAAAAUAACGUUCAG